AUGUUACUCUCAGGGUUAUCCAACCUGCACUUGCUACUCAAGAGACCACUGCGACUCCGUGUCGACCUGGGAGAGAAGAAUGGAAAACGUAUCUAUGCUGAGUACUCGUCCUUCAGAGUGGAUGGUCCUGACACAAACUACAGACUGUUCACAUCUGGCUACUCGGGUGAUGCAGGUGACAGCCUGACUUAUCAUGAAGGAGACAUGUUUUCAACCUUUGACCGCGACAAUGACAAAUCCGACACUCUCAACUGCGCUGUGUAUUUUAAAGCUGCCUGGUGGUUCCGAGGCUGUUACAACGCCAACCUCAACGGUCAGUACCACGUGGAUACCUACGGCGUCAGUUGGUAUCUGAAAUACCAAGAUUGGAGAAGCUUCUCAUUCUCUGAGAUGAAACUGAGACCAGCCUAG